UCAUGAAUAAAUUAACCACAAGCCGUGUUGCGCUAAUACAACCCAUAGACCCCAUCCCACGUCCUCUUACAUAUACUGCUGAAAGUGUUCCGAACGGAUAGCCUAAAUGUGCCCUUGUACUAUCUCGUCAUACUGUCAGCAAGCACAGAAUCCAUCCUCCAUCUCCUGUCCCUCACGGUCACCGACACCUGCAGCUUCCCGGAUGACGAGUGACGUCAACGAGCCAUCUUUGUUAGCCUAAUCCGAGCAUCUAUUUUCUUUCUAUGUGUACAUAGUGACAGAAGAGAGUAGUGGUAGAGCGCCCUUAUUAUAAAGAAAAUAACAGCGAGGCGCGGCACACCGCUGCAAAAACAUAAAUACAAACCCUCAAAGAAACAAAACAAAAAAAUAAAAUAAAAUAAUACCGCUUUACUGGAAUAACCUGGAGAGUGCAUUAUUUAUCCCGGAGACGGGGAGAAACGCCUGAAGCAGCGCGUCCAUCCACACACGUCUUCUAGACGCACAGAAGCCCCGGUUCACAAUGUCUGCCCCAGGCCCAGCAGGUGCCCCCGCCCCAGAAGGAGGUAGCCAGGGUCCCCCUAACCUCACCAGCAACCGUCGCUUACAGCAGACACAGGCUCAGGUGGAUGAGGUGGUGGACAUUAUGCGUGUGAACGUAGACAAGGUUCUGGAGAGGGACCAGAAGCUGUCCGAGCUGGAUGAUCGGGCUGAUGCCCUGCAGGCUGGAGCCUCACAAUUCGAGACCAGCGCUGCCAAGCUCAAGAAUAAAUACUGGUGGAAGAAUGCCAAGAUGAUGAUUAUCCUGGGGGUGAUAUGCGUGAUUGUCCUCAUUAUAAUCAUUGUGUACUUCAGCACCUAAAGUGCGAUGUUCCUACCCCACUCUGAGCUCAUGAACGCCCAAUCCUAAGCCACAGAAAAAUCCCUCCCAAAAAAGAUGAGAAAAACGACUUCUCACAACAAUCAAUUUAUUUGCCCCUUCCUGAGCCCCCUUGCCCCGCCUUCACUACCUCGCACCUGGGCCCCUGUCACUCGUUCGUCCUGUCCGUGAGUGUGUGGCCAUGUCUCCUCUGUAAAUAUCUCCGGCUUUUCUGAAAUACUGUUCAUACUACAAACUCCUGAUUACUUGUGACAACCGAUUAAAAAAAAAGAAAGAAAUCACAGCCCUUAGAAUGCAAUUAUACAGUAUAUAUUCCAAAUGUUCUUUGUAGAGUUUUAUUCUGAUAUAAUGGUUUUUGUAGUUUGUGAGUGUGUGAGUGUGCAUUUGUAUAUUUUUUGUUAAGUUUUGUAAAACUUAUUUUGCUUCAGGUUUAAACGACUGCCUCUUAAUCUGGGUGUUUGUAUCUUGCACGCUCUGUUUCACUCUUUCUUGCUCACUGAGUAUUUGGUGUAUUUUUGCAAGCGAUUGACUCCCUUAACUGAGGUACUGAAUCAAUAUCCCCAGUUUGUUCUUUGUCACAUGCACUCUAUCUCAGACCUACACAUUGCCCGCUCAACCCCCUUUCUCCUUCUUUCUCUUCUUUCUUUCUUUUUCUCACCAAUAGUACUUACUUUCUUAGUGAACUGCCACAAAAGACCAAUGACUGUAGAUGUUUAUCUUAAUUUAAUGUCUUCAGUGUCUUAUCUCUUAAACAUUCCUUAAUAGCGGUGUGGAAUUAUGCUGUCUAUCAAACAAAGUAAGCGUAUUUAUCUUAAAGGAUUCCAAAACAGGUCUUAAACUACCUUGAGUAACUGUAACGCAGUCAAACUAGGUUUUGACAGGGAUGUCGAAGCUAAUAAUCGCACAGGGGUCGAUUGCGCAGUACAUGGAAAGAUUUCAGAGUGUUCGUGAUUUUCGAAUGGCUCAGGAUCAAUAUUCCCCGAUUCAUUCUCCUGUUAAAAUUUUUUUUUAGCACAGAGAGAUUCAAGGCCAGAGACUGAACAAAAAUUGGAAAUAGUAUCAUGCACAGAAAGCUUGUUUUCGAAGGCGCCUUUUAACUGGUUAGACUGCAGGGGGGAAUGAGAGCAAACCACGCGCUGUGUUGCUCCCUCACAGCAGAACUACUGCCAAACUGAUUCAUUCGUCUGAAAGCACACAGGUUGAUAUUAAUACUUCUACAUGAGGUAGGCCUAGUUUCCACAGCUGCGGUUCUCUCUUAAAUCUAGAUACUGCCUUUAAUUUAGUCUUUCUUUUGAUUUUAGAUAUAGAUUGUAUUAUAUUUUUGUGUGUGAAGCAGGCAGGAAAGGGACUACUUAGUUUCAGGAAUUGGCUCUGCUGCCAUGUGCACAGCGAGCACCUUUGUGUCCCUCACUAUUAUCCACCUCUCUGUGUGCCUGUUUGUAAAGUUCAGCUGUAGUUUACACACUGCCAAGCACCUGAGGGGAGUUUUUUUUUCUUGUUUUUUUUUUUCGCCGUGCUCUUCCUGGUUUCCUUUCGUGCAUAUAUAUAUAUAUAUGCCUCCAUUAGCAUCACUUUUCAGUCUCAUCCGCCCAAUCUGCCAACAAGAAGCGAGCCAGGCGUGAAGUGUGCAUCUGCACGUGAAAACCACCACCCUUCCCAUUCAUGUUUCAAAGUCACUAGCAUUUCUUCUUUCACACAUGAUUCGGUUUCUAGCCACUAGUUGCAGUCUGUGUGAGUAUUUCGGCUUCAUCGUAAUUUUUUAGGCUGCUUAGACCUCUGCAGGUAAAGAAAGGCUGUUCCCGUGGCAACCUGCUUGCAUAAACAGGGGGAGGGUGUAGAUUAGCUGAUUGAUUGUGACAGGAGGCGGGGCUGAUAAGGGGCGGAGCUAGAGGUAUUAUUCCACUGGUGUGUUUUUACAUUCCAUAUUAAUCAUCCGUAUGGAAAAGCCUGGUGUUUGGAGCAGAAUGAACUGUAAUCUUUUGUAUUUAUGGUUUCUGACAAGCAAACUAUUUUUCAUUUCAUUCAUUUACUCAUUUUCAUUUCAUUUUUCUUCUUUAAAAGGAGAUAGCCUUAGUUCAUUUCAUUUUUCUUUAUAUCCCUGCAUGCUCAUUCACUCCUUUGUCCCACUCACUUUGAGCUAUUUUAACAAAAAAUUACCAAAGACCAUAUAAUAUCUUGCUUAAACUGCCAAUUGCCAUCAAAAACAGGUUAAGGGACAACAUUUCCCCAAAUCUCUGGUUUUUAAAAGUUCUCAUCCAGCAUAAGGAAACGAAUUAGCCCAUCUCUCUGCAUUUUUCAGGUCUAAGUUUAUUUUACUUGAAUAUUUAGGAACCACAAUCCAACGAACGUACCCCAGACAUAAUAUCAAUAACAAUGAUAGCACAACUUCUCCUUAAGGUCUGUGUCUGUAUUGCUGAAUAUAAAACAUGAAACUAUUUCUUUGUAGCUAUUUAAAGAAGAAAAAAGAAAAACUAAAUCUGUAUUGUAUUGUUGUAGUUUGGGCUUCAUCUGGGGAAAGGGGGUUCUUUUGUUUAGAUUUUACAUUUAAGCCAUAAACAAUCUGGAAUUAGAAUACGAUCCUAUUAAAAUACAUAUACUAUAUAUUAUAUUAGGCUCCAGGGGGUUGUCAACAUUUUAAGGAGGUCUAUAACUGAUAAACAACAUGCAUUGGGGUAGGACUCAAACAUGACAAGUGAAUCAAAGUGUUUAAAACGCUUCACAAAUUAAAAGGAUUCUAAUAGGGGGCUACAAACAAUGUAUGUGCUUUUCUGUUUUUCUCUGUGUUAGUGUAUGAAUACAUUUUCUUUUCUCUUGGCACUAAUGUAUGUUUUGUUCAAAACUGUGUGGGUUGAGAGGGACAGUGGGAGUAGUUUUGUCACGCCAGCCUGUUAAAGAUGCUGCGUCUUCUUUAUUGGGUGAGAACCAAUGAAGACAAAGAACAAAGCCACAGUGGUUACUCCAUUACUCAUGUCAUACAGUUUAUUUAGUCCUCAGUUGUUUAAGCAGAAAUUAGUUAAGGCUUCACAGUGGUGCUCCGUGGCACAGCAUCAUUGUGCUUAGUCAGGAGAGGGUGUUUUUUUCUAUAAUUUAAGUAAUACUGGAAAAUGAACCCUGCCUUGCUAAAGGUUAGCGUGUCAAGAGUUUUUUCAGAAAGCUUGUACAGACUGGGAUAUCUACGUCAAUUGCUUGCUAUUAGUUCAGAGAUGUUUUGAAUGAAAACGUAAGGCAUUUUACACAUGUUUGAUUCUUUGAAGGUUUUUAGGACUGAAUAAAAGAGUAUAAAAAGUGGAAUAUCCCAUAGAGCUUCAUGGAGGUCUAGAAACACCUCGAAUCAAGAGCCAAGUUGCUGUAUUAAUAACACUUUGUGUUUCAUUUGUUUAUUUAUUUGAUUUAUGGAGGUUGGUUUGGGGAGGAAAGGUUGAAGAUUAGCAUUACCCCUGUUCCUCUGGCGUCUUUGGAGGGACUAGGCUGGAUGAUCAUGGGUAAUGUGGUCUUCACAGUUUUAUUUUGUUGUUGUUACUUUAUUUUAAUUGUUUUUAUUUAUUUGUGUCAUAGUAGUGGACUACAUAUUUAACAGAACGAAGUACAUUGUAACAGGAAACCUUUUGGCAACCAGACAUCAAUUGUAGAGUAAAUCUGUCAAUGUCUAUUAUAUUGAUGAACAUCUUGGGAAAUAUAUAUAUAUAUUUAAAUAUACAAAUAUAUAUAUAUA